CAUGAAGUUUUGCGGGGAUUGAGCGCGAGCGGCUGCGGGUGCGACGCCGGGACUCGGGACGCGCGCGCGGAGUGAAAACGCAAAGAAACCCAACCCAGAGUUUAGGUAGCGUGGUGACCCUUAAAGGAUUCCUAUGAGGUGAUUCUGACCUCCGCCACCCUCAGGCCCCCCACCUAACGUCAGCAGUAGCACGACUAAGGGAUGUCACAGGCGUUUCUUCUGAGCAUGAUCAUUUUCUUCUCCUGUACCCAGGUGUCCUCUGCCUUGUCCAUGAAACUUUUAAUGAAAGAGUGGAUGAACUACGAAGAGGAGUGUCUCAGGAAUAACAGCAGAGAACCACCAGCCACAGGUCUUGUGUGUAAUCGGACAUUCUAUAAAUUCGCCUGCUGGCCGGAUGGUCUCCCGAACACCACGGUGAGCGUCCCCUGCCCCAAGUAUCUGCCCUGGCAUGCAAAAGUCCAACAUGGCCUGGUGUAUCUGGAGUGCAAAGCCGAUGGCCAGUGGGCCAAAGAGAUGAACGCGAGUGAGUGUGAAACAAAUGAUCUGGCCCAGACUGAUGCGCAAUACUAUGGCAAAAUUCUCAGUAAAUUCAGGGUCAUAUACACUGUUGGUUAUUCCCUCUCACUGGGAGCACUGGUGCUGGCACUUGGUAUCCUAGUAGCCUUCAGGAAGCUGCACUGCAUGAGGAACAACAUUCACAUGAACCUGUUUGCCUCCUUUAUCCUGCGAGCUGCCGCCAUUUUCAUCAAAGACGCCUUGUUGGAGAGACCCAACAUCAACCCAGGCACCACCACGGACCUCGAGAUGAAGCUGUUUGUCAAAAACGAAGUUUUACAGCCGGAUGUGGGCUGCAGGAUUGCUGUAGUGAUGAUGCAGUACAGUAUCAUAGCAAACAGCCACUGGCUGCUGGUGGAGGGAAUAUACCUGCACAACCUGCUGGCACUCACGGUGCUGACUGAGGGGAACCAUUUCAGCAUCUACUUGUGCAUCGGCUGGGGAGCACCGCUGAUCUUUGUUCUACCCUGGGUCAUUGUCAAAUACAUCUACGAGAACGAGUAUUGCUGGGAGCAGAACCUAAACAUGGGGUACUGGUGGAUUAUUCGUUCGCCCAUCCUACUGGCAGUGCUGAUCAACUUUGUCAUCUUCAUACGCAUCAUUAAGAUCCUCGUGUCCAAGCUGAGGGCUCACCAAAUGAGAUACUCCGACUAUAAGUUCCGGCUCGCAAAGUCCACCCUCACCCUCAUCCCUCUGCUUGGUAGCCAUCUGGUCCUCUUCUCCUUCGUCACUGAUGAGUCUACCUCAAACGGCGCCAUCACCCUGAGGCUCACAAAACUCUUCAUCGACCUCGUCUUCAACUCCAUCCAGGGGCUGCUGGUGGCCAUCCUCUACUGCUUUGUCAACAAAGAGGUUCAGUCUGAGAUCAUAAAGUUCUGGAAGCGCUGGAGGGGGAAGGAUAUCGAUGAAGACUACCGUCACACCUACAGCAACACGCCUCAGGUGUCCAACAACAAACACGUCCAAGCCGCUUCCAGCAGGCUGAGGCUGCCGGAUGUCACGUGCUCGAGUUCGGUGGUGUGCAGCUCUGAGGAGAAGCAGCUGCUGGCACUCAGCUGCCAUAACGGCGCAGAACGCCUGCGCUUCACUUCCAAGUCACCGGAAGGUAACAGCAGCACCAAUAGCACCGCAGCCGAAGAGCUGAUGGUGUGCAAUCAGGACCCACGAGGGAGCAUCGAGAGUAACAUGUGAAUAUCUGAGGACACGUGUGUGUGUUAGUGAUGAUUCCACUACGUUCUCACACACUUUCGGCUCUGAGCCCACAGUCCGAGUGAGCAGCACCAAGACAUGGGUGUAAAGUGUAUGUGAAUGCAUGCAUAAUGUGUGUAUGUGCGUGUGUGUGUGUGUCAUGCGGAAAAGUGUCUGAGCACCCCAGUGAUCGCUCUACGCUCGUGUGAGCUGUCCAUCUGAUGUGAAUAAUAAAAAGUAUUCUGUUGUAACAUGUUCACACACCACACCAUCACACCACUGCUGCAUCUUCAGCACACGGACCUGAACGAAGACAUGCUGGAACAAAAUAUACAAGAACCUCAAUAAAACUUACAACAUGAACCUCAGACCGACACAGAAACCUGGACUGGAUCUUCAUCUCUGUCGGAUCAUGGAUACGCCGAUGUAGAUAUCAAAGCGUGAAUGGAGGAGAGAAAAUAGUCAAAUGGCUUCUCGGGUUGUGUUUCGGGGUCCAUUCGGACUGUCCAGCGGUUUUGAAAACCAAAUCACGAUUAUGAAAGUUUCCUAAGUAUUGGAUAAGAAAUAAUUUGCGACCAAGAACGUAAAAAUCAAAUGACUGUCUCAGAUUUUAUCUUCAAUGUUGUGUUGGAAAACGAAAGGCGCUUUUUGGUAUUUGUGUAACUUGUCGGGUUUAAUUAUUGCUGUUGUUUAUUUUAUAAGGUCUUGAACAGACAAAGAUUGGUGCAAUUGAACAGUUCUUAAGUUCUGCAGUUCCUCCAGAUGUGU